AUGCCAGUGCGCGGUGUACCCCAACCCACAACCAACUGUUCGCUACAUAACUUUGUUCACAAACUAUGGACUAGUGGUGAAGGGACUGGGGAUUACUAUAGCAGUAGUGAUACGAUAGGAGUAGUUGGAGAACAGCGCGACUUUUACGAACAGUGGGGUCACUAUCAUCAGUACGACCCCCGAAACCGCCCCCUCGAGUCUGACCGUAAGCCGUACGACACCUUCAGGUACGGCCCGACUCCCGACCCGACCCGUCGGCGCCUUAUCGAAGAUCCGGGAGAUUUGCGCUGUAAAGAGGCUGUCCGUGAAGGUUUGGAUGAGUUUAUUACUGUCAACACGAUGUACGGCAAUGUGGUGGGCCGUGUGGUCUACCUGUGCGACGGGCCCGGGAGGGCUCUACACGAUCGCCCACUUCCCGCUCAGUACAAGAUAUCUGGUUUGCCGCAGACCUACCACCCGGUGCGCACGUUCUGGAGGAAUGUGACCACUUUUCUGGGCAUUCCCUACGCCAGGCCUCCCAUUCGUGAAUACAAUCUGAGAUUUAAACCCCCUCAAGUGCCUACUCCGUGGGGCAGUAUAUUCGCCGAUAGGUACCGAAACUCGUGUCCGCAAUAUAUCCGAUACAUCGGCAAAGACUACGGCAUUCCCAUCACCGACGAGGACUGUCUGUAUAUGAAUAUAUUCACGCCGUGGGCGGCCUCUAAGGUGCGCUACCCCUACCCCGUCAUGAUCUACAUUCACGGCGGGUUCUUCGAUCACGGGUCGGGCAACACAUUCGCCGGCCAUAUGCUGGCCGCCUCUCAAGAGGUAGUUGUCGUUACUUUCAACUAUCGUUUGGGACUUUUGGGAUAUAUGGCGACCGCUGACAACGCCUCGGCUGGCAAUUACGGCCUCUUGGAUCAGAUACAGGCCAUCAAUUGGGUCCGCGAGAACAUCAUUCACUUCAAUGGAGACCCCGAUCGGAUCACUUUGUUCGGUCCGGAUGCCGGUGCCGCCAGCGCCGGACUCUUGGCUAUAUCGCCUCAAACGAGAAAAUUUGUGAAGCGAGUGAUAGCCCAGAGCGGGGCCGCAGUGGCCGACUGGGCCUUCAUCAGAGACCCGCUGUAUAUGCGUAACACGAGUGUAGUGGCCGGGUAUUCGUUUGGGUGCCGCACCAGACAUACAUAUAAUCUGGUGGAAUGCCUUAAAAGUAGGAGCGCUAUCGACUUCACCACAACCGAAGUUAAGCCGGACGUGGGUUGGCUGGCGUGGGCACCGGUAGUGGACCGUUGGACCCGCGAACGCGAGUUACAAACGAUUCCCGAUUUACCUGAGAAUCUUCUCUCAGAAAAUCGAGUCGAUUUUGACCCGGAAUUCGCGUACAUGUCUGGAGUCACCCGAGACGAGGGCUCGCAAUUUGUUUUUUCCAACGAAGAGCUCAAACGCAACCUUUAUGUGAUCAAUGAGGAGAUGUUACAGAAAAAGGCCGAAGAGUUUGUCCGCAUCUAUAACUACACUCUGGAUCAGGAGUCGCUCAUACGUGCCGUCAAAUUUAUGUAUAUGCCAUGGAGUGACCCAAACAACUUGACUCUCAUCAGACAGGGAUAUAUCGAGAUGCUGACCGACUCGUACUUCACGGCCGGAAACGACAAAAUGGUUAAACUUAUGCUUAAGAACAAUGUUAGGACAUACAUGUAUGCCCUCAACUACACCAUACAAGGUCUCAACCUACCGGCUUGGAUGGGCGUUCCACACGACACGGAAUACCUAUUGGCUACCGGCGCCCCAUUUAUGGACCCCAGGUUUUUCCCAUCGGCUUUGCAGCUAAAUCAGGCCGAUUGGACGGAAGCGGACAGGAAUAUGUCUCAACUGAUAAUGGAGUCGUGGGCUAACUUCGCCAAAUACCCGACCUGUAAGCCGGGUAACCCUCUGCUAUGCGGUCCCACACCAUACGCCCUGUUCAACACAAUCGUAUGGAAGCCGAUGGAGCCGCAGAACCUGCAGUACCUGUCCAUCAACUCGACGAACUACACGGGCUAUUGGCAUACGAGCACGUGGGAGACCAACCAACUCAACUCCAUCAAUAUGAACGCCUGGAGCACCAGCACUAUGUGGAGGGACUACAAGCAAAAGGCGUGUCAGUUCUGGAACGACUACAUACCGGCGAUGGUGGACCGCAUACCGCCCACGUGGCCGCCCACCUACGAGCCCUACGAAGAGGAACUCCGUCUGUACCGGGCGGCCACUUGGAGUAUAUUGGCGGCGCUCAUCGUAUUAAUAGUUUUGGUGUUUUUGUGUUCGUGUUUGUACUGUAGGGCUAAGAGCUAUCGUUACGGGGACGCAGCCAUUGAUGAAUACAUCAAUAUACCAGAUAUCGCCACAAUGGGCACUCAAUAUAGCGCACCGUCCACUCGGGCUAAUUCCGAGAGCAACUUAAGUUUUCGUUUGAAGUCUGAAUAUCCGCGAAAGAAGUUUCAGUCCAAUGAUAAGAUAUACAUUCCCAGAGACAAACACACGCAGGUCUGACCACUGGCCCCCUCCCCUCCCCGUCCACCCAUAAACCCAUACCUCAACGCUCAA